GCUGGACUACUGUAUAUCGUCACGUCCAGUGAAAAUGGGCACAUGGCAUCAAACAUUUCAGUUUCCAUUGAACUGUUGUAUGUUAUUCGUAAAAUAUUAAUGUGUUUGUGCGGUUUUAAUUAAAACUACUGUUUCUUCCAACGUUCUGGCCGUGGAUUACAGCGUGUAGAAAUGAAUAAAUCAAAUUCGAAGAGAAGAAUGAAAGUGGGAACCUGUACUCUACAUAAGCAACAUUUGAAGAGUGCACUGUCAUCAUUCAAGAAACAUUCUUUUAAGGCAAAGAGACAAGCUUUGGCAAAAAAGUGUGGGAAAGAAGACAACAAAUUCUACAAAAGUUCUUCUGUGAUUACACCAUUCUCCCAUACAUACGUGAUGUUAGAGCUGAGAAAAUGUUUCCUCCGUCACAACUGGACUUACGCUACAAAACUUUUAUUAAUGCUGCUAGAUGGAGGUACACUGUCUUUAAAACGAGUGAUGUUGAAGAGUUGUAUCUUCAUUUUACUGAAUCAUCCAAGUGCAUCGUCAAAACAAAGAGAGGAAUUCAUCAGAAUGUGCAAUGCUCUUGCUGAUGCAGGUCAAUUGCUGAACUCACUGUUGACUUUUCCAUGUGACAAGAAAGAUAAACAUAGUGUGAAGUAGAUCCUUUUGGAACUGUUGAAGUCAUAAUCUGGUUCAAGGUUGGAUGGAGACUGAUGUUUUUAAAACUUCAAGAGGGUAGCCUAAAAGUGUAUUAGGUGGUUUGCCAUUUGUUCAUAAGUCAUAUUCCAGUGCAUUGUUGGACUGAGUUGAUUGUGCCUGCUGGGUUGUUAUACAGUGUUGUAUGCAAAAAUAAAUGGUCCUCAAAAUAUUAAGUCUUGAAAGUAUUAUGAAUGAACCUGAGAGUAAAUAAUUCCUUCUACUUUCAAAGCAGUAUACUGUACAUUUAUUUGAGCAUAUCAAAUAACACUGGUAAACAAAGAUGUUUUCUUGCUGGGUGAAUAUUUAUUCAUUUAUUUGUAGUUGAUUUAACAGUGCUUUUUAAUAGCAUUGAAUGAAAGGAGGAUAGUGAAUAAUGAACUGAAAACUAUGUGGAAGGAAGUGGUCAUGGCCUAAUUUAAGGUACUAUCCUGGAAUUUCCUUGGAGGGACUGAGGAAAACUACAAAAAACUCAAUCAUGAUAGCUGGUCUCCAGGCCGAGAUUUGAAUCUGGGACUUUCUGAAUGUGAAGCAGGUGUGUUAACCACUUGACCAUGAUGUUUGGUUUCUGGUGCAACCGUCCUUCCACACUCUCAUCUCGAUGUUUGUUUAAGUCACGGGUCAAACCAAGUGACGUGCCAGGCACUCGUACGGUUGCAGCUUCAAAUCUUUUUAAUAAGUGCGGAAGGGAUUUUAGGAAAAUUUGAUAAUGGGCGGGGAUUUAGGUCGGUGAGCAUGGAACUCCGAUUCCCAGGGAAUGUACGGGGGAAGGCAGUGGUGGGGUUGAUAUUUUACGUAGGAUGAGCAAUCUCGAGUAACAAAAGACGCCACUGGUGAGCCUGGAGACGUUCACUUUAUUGUCUUUUGAGAAACUUUGAAGACCAGUUGCAGUUUAUACUAGGCAGUACUAUGAAUCGGCUGUUGUAUAAAUAAACUGCAGCAAGUGGUGCACGGUCUGCAUGACCUGGAGAUCAAAAACUUGAGUGGCUAAGAGAGCCCUGCAACCACAGUCGCUCUUUAAAUACUACUGCAUUACAUAAUUUGUUAUUGAAUUUGGCUUAAAUGCGGCGAUCUGAUUCGUUCCCCCACAAUGGCGGGAACUCGCCUAUAAGCUGUAUUCAAAUUCAAUUGGUCCAUCGCAGUGAAGUGAUGGUUGUAAUGCAGUUGUCACCCCACAUCUGGAAAGGGUUCAUUCCAUGUCUGGGAUGGCUUAAGUAUUCUUUGCUUAUGUCUUGGCUCUUUGUUUAUGUCUGGCUCCCUCCAGACAGAAUGUUGGGGGGGGAGAUGCCCAAGCGACUGCGUGUGGCCAUAUUCUUUAAACUUAAUAUGUUCAACAAGGCCAAAAUUAAUAACUCAAUGAAAUUUAGAUGAAGUAAGGUAUUCCAAAAAUCAUCUAAUUACACCUUCUUCGUUUAUAUAAACCAGAUUAACAUGCCAAAGCUUGGUUUACCCUUCAUCUCAAGGUUUAGCCAGUAUGGGAAUCAAACUAUGAACUUGGACUGGCACAUUGGGCAAAGAAUUGUAGAGUUUUACUUAUGAUUUAUGGAUAUGACCUUGCUUUUUUCUAUCACCCGUAGUUUUUAAGAUACAGUAGGAGGACAGGACAUUUCUGCCACGGGAAAUGGAAUCUGACUAUUGGCAGCUUAAAAGGAAAGCUUCAGAUUCAUACAACAGGAAAUAAAAAGUUUUGUGUCAAGUAUGAUGCAUAGUCUUUUAAUGGUCAUAUGUGUGUACACUACUAAUACUACUAACUGUGCAAAUUAAAUUUGUUUUAUUUGAA